UUAUUUUGUAAAUAAACACUCUUGACUUCUUAAAAUUGCAGAUUGGAAACAGAAAAAUCUGAAAAUUUGUUCCUUCAAUUUUUCUCUUGAAGCCAAAAUUCUAAUUCAAAUUUGUAAAAAAUGGUAGUUGAAGAGAGGAGAGUUCAUCCCGAUUGUAUAAAUGCAUCUAAUCCUUAUCAUGAGUGUGUUGAAUUCUGCUUCAUCAAAAUUGCUGAAUCUAAAGCUCGAACCGAAAAACUCGACCAGGUUGUUGAAGAUAAAAACCGGAGCAUUCAAUCUACUGCACUUGCUUCUAAGAAGCAAGUUGAGGAGCAGCAGCAUGAGGAAAGACGGGAGCUUGGCCGACAGUCGGAUGGUGAUGAUGGCGGCGACGGUGACGAUUCCCCAGUCCAGGAGAAUGUACAAGACCUAUCAGAACUUACUGGCAGGCAGAAGAAAUUGUUUGAGUUGAGGCUAAAGAUGAACGAGGCUAGAAAGGCAAAUCAAACGGCAAUGGUAGCUGAAAAGAAGAAAAUGGAACCCCCGCAGGAAACGAGGGGUAUAUCCAAACAAAAAUGGCUUGACGAGAGGAAGAAGAAGAUUGGCAAACUUUUAGAUGCUAAUGGUUUGGAGAUGUCAAAUGCAUAUAUGCUGGACACCCAAGAGGCAGCAGAGGCAAAAUAUAAGAAAUGGGAAAAGGAGCCUGCACCAUAUAGUUGGGACGUAUUCAAUCAGAGGACACUAUACAAGGCUUUUAAGAAAAGGUCAAAGAACAUUAAGAUUGACCUAGAAGAGUAUAACAAAAUGAAAGAAGCUGAUCCCGAGUUCUACCGAGAAGCCUCGAGUCUCCAAUAUGGAAAGGCACCAAAGGUCUCUGAAGAAAACAUUGACAGGAUGGUACAGGAACUUAAGGAUCGGGAAGAGAAACGCAAGUCAUUUAGUCGAAGGAGGAAAUUUCAUGAAGACAAGGAUAUUGACUCAAUCAAUGACCGUAAUGAACAUUUCAACAAGAAGAUCGAACGAGCUUUUGGUAAAUACACUCUGGAGAUUAAGAAUAAUCUUGAGCGAGGAACUGCUUUGCCUGACUAAGGAAUGUGCUUAUUGCUUGAUCAAGAGGGUAUAGCCGGAGGAUCGAAAUUUUAAUGCUCUACUGGUUUCUGCAAAUCUGUAGUUGUUGCAGGUUCAGUGUAGUACGACAUUAUUGCAGAUUGGGUUAUGGUUGAUUUGAGUAGUUGUUUUUAGAAUCCAUACUGAAGUUUGUUUAGUUUAACAAAAAGCAGUUGGAAUUUUGAGUUACCGAAAUUAUCUUCAAUUGUAUAUCUUCUACAUGCCCGUUUGCUUUUCCCAAGUUUAUCAUGAAGUUACUAGUUUUGAAAUGUAGAACCAUAAUUAUUUCACUAAUGUUUGUUGAACUUUACUACUGAGCUUUUGUCAUUGGCUUGGUAUCUUCUGAAA